CUAGGUGUUGGUAAAAGUGGUUACUGACUUUACCUUCUUUCACAUUUUAACCAUCAUGUCUACACAUAAAAAGAAAACCAGGAAGCUUAGAGGGCAUGUAAGCCAUGGACACGGACGUAUUGGCAAGCACCGUAAGCAUCCUGGAGGUCGUGGUAAUGCUGGUGGUCAGCACCACAUGAGAAUUAACUUCGACAAAUACCAUCCAGGUUAUUUCGGAAAGUUGGGUAUGAGAAAUUACCAUUUAAGACGUAACACCAAAUGGUCUCCAUCUAUUAACUUGGACAAAUUGUGGACUCUUGUUAGUGAACAAACAAGACUAAAAUACAAAGACCACCCUGAUGGCAAAGCUCCAGUAAUUGACAUUGUUAAAGCUGGUUACUACAAACUUUUAGGCAAAGGACGCCUUCCACCUCAACCUGUUAUAGUUAAAGCUAAGUUUUUCUCAAAAUCUGCUGAAGAUAAAAUUAAAGCCGUUGGAGGUGCUUGCGUUUUAUCAGCUUAAUUUUGUAAAAACAAUAAAUUCAUAAAAUAAUUUAAA